AUGGAGGCCCAGAAGUCGAAGAUAGAUCCGUUCGCGGAGAACGAUCUGUGGGACACCCUGCGUUCGUCGCGCGUUCAGAAUCUCGUCAAGAAGAACCCGCUCGGAGAGAUCAACUCGCCGCCCACCGACGGAUCCGCCUACUUGAAAGUGGUGUGCAUCUCCGACACCCACGAGCAACUGCGUAAUGUCACGGUACGUGGGCCCGAGCAAAGGCGCGCUGAUUUGCGUAGAUAAUCUUUAGUCAUCGAAUUGAUGAGCGUGGGCGUUGGCAGUCCCUUUCCGUUCCCAAGGGAGUCAAAGAGUUCUGUGAGUGAGAAUGCAGAGGGCUGCAAAUUGGGCGAAAAACGAACCAGGAAGUGAGAAGAAGAGAGAGAGAGAGAGUUGUCGGGGGAAUUGAGAAUAAUAUAAGUAAGACACGUUGUUUCAGGUGCCCGACGGAGACGUUCUCAUUCAUGCCGGAGACUUCACCAACAACGGAAAGAGAGACGAGUUGAUCAAGUUCAACGAGGAAAUGGCCCGUUUCCCGCACAAGUACAAGCUGGUGGUGGCCGGAAACCACGAGUUGGGCUUCGAUUCGGCCGAGAAUCAAUCGCAGAGACUGGAGUCCGAUCAGGGACUGGGAACUGAGGCCGGCUACGAACUGCUCACGAAUGUCAUCUAUCUACAGGACAAGGACAUCACGGUUAGUGAAUUUGGGAAAGAAUAUAAUCCAAAAUGGGAAUUGCAGAUCGACGGAAUCAAGUUCUUCGGAUCCUCGUACCACCCGCUCCACGGCUUCCCGUUCUAUCGUACCCGUGCCACUGAGCUCGCCGAGUGCUGGAAGGCCGUUCCGAACGACACGGACGUCCUGAUCACUCACACUCCUCCGCUCGGCUACCUCGAUCAGUUCGGCGAGGAACGCUGGGGCUGCAAGGACCUUCUGUACACUGUCGAGCGCAUAAAACCAGUCUACCACAUCUUCGGACACGUCCACGAGCAGCACGGAUGCAUGAGCAACGGCCACACGGUAACGAAGGCUCUUUCGUUCUGUACUCAAUCGGUUGGCUCUUCAGGUGUUCAUAAACGCGGCUCAGUGCAACAAAGGAAACGUGAUCCAGACGCGUCCGAUCGUCUUUUAUAUUCCCAAAAAGACCACCUCCUCAUAG